GCAAGAAGCACAGUAUAAUUCUGAGGACGCAGCUCUCAGUGAGAGUCCAUGUCUGCAUUGAAAAACUCUACAACUCCAGUGGACGGGAGCUGAGACGUGCCCUUUUCUCUUUGAAACAAAUAUUUCAGGAUGACAAGGAUUUGGUUCAUGAGUUUGUUGUGGCUGAAGGCCUGACUUGCUUGAUAAAAGUGGGAGCUGAGGCAGACCAGAACUAUCAGAACUACAUCUUAAGAGCUUUGGGACAGAUUAUGCUGUAUGUAGAUGGGAUGAAUGGAGUAAUAAAUCAUAAUGAAACCAUCCAGUGGCUGUACACUCUCAUUGGGUCAAAGUUCCGUCUGGUGGUAAAAACAGCACUGAAACUGCAGCUGGUGUUUGUGGAGUAUACAGAAUCCAAUGCACCACUUUUAAUCCAGGCAGUAUCCACAGUAGAUGAGAAGAGAGGAGCCAAACCAUGGUCCAACAUUAUGGAGAUCCUAGAGGAAAAAGACGGGGUUGACACUGAACUGCUGGUUUAUGCAAUGACCUUAGUUAACAAGACGCUGUCGGGAUUGCCAGAUCAGGACUCUUUCUAUGACGUGGUGGACUGUCUGGAAGAGCUAGGCAUUGAAGCUAUUUCACAGAGACACUUGAACAAGAAAGGAACAGACUUGGACUUAGUUGAACAAUUUAACAUUUAUGAGAUGACACUGAGACAUGAGGAUGGAGACGAGACUGCUGAUCCCCCACCCAAUGGGCGCAAAGACAGAAGAAGGGCCAGUCUUGGCUCCAGUGAACGAAGGGGGUUAGAGCGCAGGAGAAGCCGCAGACAUUCAGCCCAGAGCGUCAAAAGCACUUUAUCAGCUCCUGCAAGUCCCUGCAGUCAGUCGAGCCCAAGCUUCAUGUUAGGCCAUGGGCAGCGUAUUGAAGAUCUUAGUGAGAAAGAGGAGAAGGAGUAUGAAGAAGAGGAAGAGGAGCAACCAGUCACAGAACCUAAUACUGAGGAUGAGGGGGAGGAAGAGACCACUAGGCAGGUCAAAUCCAGUGAGGUCCCAGACGUAAACCAGGUUGCAAAUGAAAAGCUGCAGAAUGAGAAUCAGAGUUCUGAUUCUUCAGCCGUCUCAAGUGCAGUUUCUCAAGCCGAGAGGCCUCCCUCAUGCUCUAAAGCCAAGAGUCCAUCCAGCAGCUCAUCUUCUGUGCCUGAUUCAUCUGUCUCACUCCAUUAUUCUGUUUGUUCAUCACCAUCCUCUCCUGCAUCAGUCUCAUUUAACUCCUCCCAAAAUUCAUCAGCAUCUAUUACACCAAAGGCAUCUCCAACUGUGGAGAAAUUGCCUUAUGUACCACAUAGCCCUUUUCACCUUUUCUCCUAUGACUUUGAAGAGUCUCCAGCAACUGUUACAGAAAAGGAAGCAGAGGUUAUCAGGGAAAACAGAAACAGUAGCUAUUGCAACAACUCUUAUUCCUCUACAAGACCUUAUGCUGGACUCAGUGCUCCUACCACACCCAUUUCUCGUUAUGGGACAACUCUGUCACCACCUCAGGAGACCAAAUCUGAAAGGCCAGCAUUGGGUGGUCUCCUUACAUCAUCUUAUCGGCAGCACCAAGAAUCCUUGGCAGCGGAAAGAGAGAGGCGACGUCAGGAGAGAGAAGAGAGGUUGCAAAGGAUAGAGCGGGAAGAGAGAAACAAAUUCAACCGUGAUUAUUUAGACAAAAGAGAGGAACUAAGGCAAGCAAGAGAAGAGAGAUACAAAUACUUGGAGAAGUUAGCAGCUGAGGAGUAUGAGAAGGAGCUGAAGAGUCGGAGUAUAUGCCGAGGCAGAAGCGAGCUGUCCUUGAACUUGAGCUCUCCUUCAGCCCCAUCCUCUCCCAUUCCCAAGUGCAUCAGCCCAGCAUCCGUAGAGUCCCAGGAGGAGCUGAAGACCCCUUCAACACCCCGUGGGACCCCUCAGCCCCCUGAAGUGAGUGCCAGUGAACCUGAACCAGAACCUGAGCCAGAACCAGAACAGGAAACUGAGGCAGAGGCCGAGCAGGGAACGGAGACACCACAGGCUACAGAGGUGGGACCAGAGAGUGAGGUGGAGCAAGGUCCUGUGCGAGAGCCAGAAGAAAGUGCAAUACUCAGUGAAAAAGAGAGGCAGAAUGAGGAAGUGAACGAAAAAGACAACUGUUCUGCAUCCAGCAUAUCCUCAGCAAGCAGCACUUUAGAGAGGGAAGAAAGAGAGGACAAGUUAACCAGUGACAAUGAAACUGGUACAUGGUCACAAACUAUUCAAGAUGCUGGUGUGAAUGAGCAGUGCAGCAACAUUCUCAACAACAAACGGUUCAUGCUGGAUAUGUUGUAUGCCCAUAACAAGAAGCCCAAGGAUGAAGAGGAGAAAGAGCUGGAGGAGAAGGAGGAGGAAAAGAAGGAGACGGAGGAAAGUGAUGAGUCAAUCACCAGCCUAGCCAGUAGGAUCUCUAUCCUGCAGGCCAGCAAGCAGGCCAAAGAUGAAAAUGUCAAAAAGAUGGAGAUUGGAAAUCUGGACAACCAAGGCAGUGUGAAAGCCUUUGCAGAAAAAUUCAACAAUGUUGAGCUGGCCAAUGGGACAGUAUUGCCUGAGGGUGAGUUCGAUGAAAAGGUUCCCGAGAAAACACCGGCACAGCCCAAGAAGGAAUCUGAUUACAUUUGGGAUCAGCUCAUGGCUAAUCCUAGAGAACUUAAAAUCAAAGACAUGGAUUUUACAGACUUGGGGGAUGAGGAUGAUGUAGAUGUGUUGGACACUGAUAUGGGUCCUAGGGACUCCCUAGUUCCCCCUCCCCCACCUCCACCUUCCUUUUUGGGUUUGCCUCCUCCACCACCUCUCCCUUUGUUUGGAUGUCCACCUCCACCCUCUGGUAAUUUAUUGGCUCCUCCUCCACUGUUCAGCACUCCUCAGGGUUCAGGGUCACCCCAGGUUUCUAGGGGUCAGCCAGCAUUCAUGAAGAAGAAGAAAACCAUCCGUCUCUUUUGGAAUGAGGUACGGCCAUUUGAGUGGCAGUGUAAAAAUAACAAACGCUGUAAAGAAUUCCUGUGGUCGAAACUGGAACCCAUUAAGGUGGACACUUCCAAACUGGAGCACCUCUUUGAGUCUAAAUCCAAGGAACUGCCGAUCACAAAGAAAACUGCUGCAGAUGGAAAGAGACAAGAGAUCAUUGUGCUGGACUCAAAACGAAGCAAUGCUAUUAAUAUUGGAUUGACAGUGUUACCCCCGCCAAGGACCAUCAAGACUGCUAUUUUGAACUUCGAUGAAUAUGCCUUAAACAAGGAGGGAAUAGAGAAAAUUUUAACUAUGAUUCCUACGGAAGAAGAAAAACAGAAGAUCCAGGAGGCCCAGAUGGCAAACCCUGACAUCCCAUUGGGCAGUGCAGAGCAGUUCCUUCUCACUCUCUCCUCAAUUAGUGAGCUUUCUGCUAGACUCCAGCUUUGGGCUUUCAAAAUGGAUUAUGAGAUAGUGGAAAAGGAAGUUGCAGAACCACUGUUAGACCUGAAGGAAGGAAUGGACCAGCUGGAGCAUAACAACACCUUGGGAUUUAUCCUUUCUACUUUACUAGCCAUUGGGAACUUUCUAAAUGGAACCAAUGCCAAAGCUUUUGAGUUAAGCUACCUCGAGAAGGUUCCAGAAGUCAAGGACACAGUGCAUAAGCAGUCUCUCCUGCACCAUGUCUGCACUAUGGUGGUGGAAAAAUUCCCAGACAGCACAGAUCUUUAUUCAGAAAUUGGGGCCAUCACUAGGUCAGCCAAGGUUGACUUUGAACAACUUCAGGACAACUUAUGUCAGAUGGAGAAACGGUGCAAAGCAUCUUGGGAUCACCUUAAGGCUAUAGCAAAGCAUGAAAUGAAGCCAACGCUGAAGCAAAAAAUGUCUGAGUUCCUUAAAGACUGUGCAGAAAGAAUCAUAAUUCUGAAGAUUGUUCACAGAAGAAUAAUUAACAGGUUCCAUGCAUUUUUGUUAUUUAUGGGUCAUCCUCCUUAUGCAAUCCGUGAAGUCAACAUCAAUAAGUUCUGCAAAAUUAUUAGUGAAUUUGCUUUAGAGUAUCGCACCACCAGGGAACGAGUUUUGCAGCAGAAGCAGAAACGCGCCAACCACAGGGAAAGGAACAAGACCAGGGGGAAAAUGAUCACAGAUACAGAUGAAGAGGAGGAUGUAGAGUCUGGAAAGUUCUCCAGCAACUCCACCCCAUCUCAGAGCCAGCCACAGGGUCUGCAGUAUGCUGAAGAUGCAGCAGAGCAUGAGAACAUGAAAGCUGUGCUGAAGACCUCCUCUAUCAGUGGGGAAAGCACCACUGCAUUAGGUGUUCGCGCUCGAAGCAGAGCCAGCAGAGGCCGUAUCAGUUCAUGGAAUGCUGCUGGUGAUGAUUCACCUAAUGCUACAGAUGAUGCAGCUGAUGAGAUCAUGGAUCGUAUUGUAAAAUCAGCCACCCAAGUGCCAAGUCAGAGAGUGGUGCCUAGAGAGAGGAAGCGGUCACGAGCAAACAGGAAGUCAUUAAGAAGAACACUAAAGAGUGGACUGACACCAGAAGAAGCCAAAGCACUGGGCCUCAUCAGCACCUCUGAGAUGCAGGUGUGAAAUCCGCAAAGGUGGCUACAAGCAAAACCAUCAUGGGUGAUACACGGGCUGACAACCAUUCAGUGUGGCAUUGUUCUACCAGCCUCAUCUGCUGCUCCUGACAUCCCGUCCUCUGUUAGUUUAAUUUUGAUAAGAUAUAUAACAGAACAAACAAAAAGGGCUAAAGAAGGGUGUGUCACAGCUCAGCACUAAAACCUGACAGAUACAAAAAGGAGUGUUUGAGUAUUUCUAGAUGAAAGCUUAUAGCUUGUUCUCUCAUGAUGCAUUGAUGUUGGUAUUAGGGGACUCUCCAGAGUAUUCUUUUAUUGUGUGAGCUAUGUUUACGUUGGCUUUUCUUGUGGCCUGUUUUAGUCAUUGUAAAGCAUGGCAUUUUGUCAGUGCAAGGAACAGUCCUUAAAGAGGCAAAAUCACAUCUGUUACAGUUACUGUGAUCUUCCUAAGAUUGUUUUAUUGGACAGACAUACACAAAUCUGUACAACCCUAUUUUUAUCUCACCACCAAAGAAUGUAAAAAUGUAUGUGUACUUAUGUAUAUGUACAGUAUAGAUGUGUGUGUAUGUACAACAUACACAUAUAGUCCUGGGGUGAAAUCUUGGCCCUACUGAAGUCAAAGGGCCAAAGAUUUCACUCCUGGGGCCUUAAAAUUCCACCUGACCUUCAGGAAAGAAGUGUCUUUUUACAGGAACUCAAUGUUACUCAAUGGAAUUCACCCUGCAGGGCAGGAAAUACCCUGCAGUGCAGGUGGAAUGUUUAGGAUUCUGAACUGCAUGUGUGUGUAUGCAUGUACACUGUACCUAAUAUUGUGCACACACAGAUAGCACAGAAUACCUCUUACUGCUGAACUCUAGGUAUACUGAGUCUUUCUACAAUUUCAGAAAUUUAUGCCAACAAUUUACAUGCUAGAUAAAGAGGUUCUGCUGCCAAGAUCAAGAAGUUUGGUUCACCUGCCUGAGCCCUUCAUGCUGCUUUUCUCUGUUGUGAUGUAGCUUAGCGGUGAUUUAGCUUCAAACUGAUUGAACUGAACAUGAAAUGGCCCUGCUAAAAUGCCUCUACAUUUUGUCUUUUUUCAUCAAUAAAAUAAAUAGCGAGGAAACCACAGUGAACAUUCCUCUUCCCACAUAAGGAAUUUGCUGUUUCCUCGUUCAUCCUUAUCUCACUGUUUAUAAUUGACUUCUAUAAACAUCUUCAGUAUAUGUCUGAGGUAAGUGCAUGUUCUAUUCUGGUCUAUCCCCACAUAAACGAUCACACUCCAUUGUCCAAACCAGACAGAAUUUUAGAAUAUACUUUAAUCAGCUCGACUUGCCUUUAAGUGUGGUACAUCCACCUCAGUGAAUUUGAACUGAACCUGUUUAUACCCGGUUUUUGCCACUGCCAAAGCAUUUUCAUGGGAACUGCAGUUUAGUAACAACAACAAAAGGGAACAUUUUGCACCAAAGCAUAUCUAGAUGGAAUGGUACUGAAGAAUGCGGAAUUAGCGCUUUCUGUGACCGUGGGCUGGGACUAAAGGUGUAUUGACUCCUGCAUUCUGUUCCACUUUGAGGACAGGAAGUGCUAAGGAUAAGGCACCAAACAGGCAAAAUUUCAACUAUAUAUGAGACUGUGUUGAACACAGCAUCCAAGUAAUCUGAGAGCCAAUCAACAAGCAAUACUGAUAUAAAUGACCUAGUAGAAUCAAACUAAAUGGAAUAUGUUGUGAAAACUCCCAUCUGUGCAAUUCUCUCCCUCAGCUGUUGGAUUUCAGUCCUUAUUGACAGUUGCCGGGAACCUUAACCCAUCCAGUUCAUGGGUAAAUAUAUGUCCCUGCUCUGAGUCCCGGUUGUUACAGUAUGGCAUUGGGUUUACAGACAUUGGUGAACAUGUUUUCCUGCUAUUUGGCUGUUAGUUUAGUUUAACAAGUGGAUUUUGCAAGCAGACAGAAGCCAUUCAUUGGUUAGCUAGUAAAUCAUAGAGUAAAGAAUGAGUUGAAAGUUGUAAAGAGGAAAGGACUGGUCAGAAAACUGAAGGAAAUAGAAUUUAUUUAAUCACAUUCUUUCAUUUUAAAAGAAAUGAUAUGUUGCCAUCAGGGUUUUGGAAAGGAUCUCUGCAUGAUACAACACUUGGCCUUUCAGUAUGUUUUCUUAUCUUUCCGCUCAAGGUUGCAUAAAACACAUAGAUGGAUGUACUGGGGGUUUGUGGAGGUCAGUGAGGUCUGAGUGAGCAGUUUGGAUUGGAAUUCAUGUCCUAGUUAAAAACAGAUCUGAAUCUGAGUCCUGCUCUGGUCAGAUGCUGAAGGCCUUCUUCAAGGUGCUCAACUCCCAUUCCUGGUGCUUGACACUUAGCAGGAUUGAACUUUAAAUUCCCUGCGUACUGUGCUGUAUAUGCAGCCUGAACAAUGCGAAUCUCCACUUUUAGUUAAUAUGGGAGGAAUGCUGAAAGAGUAGAUGGUGAUUUGCCAGCGUAGUAAUAGGAAGCAAUUCUUGUGUUCGGGGACUGCAUUUUAGUGGCAUUUCCCUAGUGUCAUUAAAGUUAAAUGUCUCUCAGCUUGCAUGUUCAAAAUCCUUUGGAUCCCCCUCAUUUAACAGGGAUUUAGAAAUUAACAACAAAAAUGUGAGUCAGGAUUAAUAUUUGCUUAGGAUGGGUGGUUGUUGCUUUUACAACUCAAGAAAG